UCCAUUUGGCAAGGUGAGCUUGGCAGGUGCCAAAAUGACCAUUGCAAAGGAAUAGAUUAAGUUGUCUACAAAUUGCUGCAUUUCUUCUUUCUCCUCCUACUGACCAAGUUCCAUUCUCGGCCAGUGGGUGGCAGACUCCACUCAUGGAGGCUGCUGGGUCCCAGGCUACGGUGUUAUCUGCAUGGCCAUUGUAUGAAUUCGAUGCACAUUCUACUGCACCAGCCGCCAAUGUGUUUUUAUCGUCAUUCUUCCACCUCAAUUCUAUGUCCUCCCACUCCAUUAGCAAGGAUUUGGUUCUCGCUGCACCACGACAGCGGACGGGCUUCCAUGGGUUCAACCAGGAGGAGGGUUCUUCUGGUCGAGGACGUCGAGAUCAAUAGGGUGGUGGUGAGGAGGCUCGUGAGUGAACUUAACGUGAUGUUGGAGGAGGCAGAGAAUGGCAAAAUAGCAGUGGACUUCAUCAAGCAAGGCAGAACAUAUGACCUUAUCUUCAUGGAUAAGGAAAUGCCUGUUAUGAAUGGCCUUGAGGCAACAAAGCAGCUACGUUCACUGGGAGUGACCACACCAAUCAUUGCGUUAUCUGGUGACUGUCUACCUUGUGAUAGAGACCUCUUCAUCCAUGCAGGGGCUAAUGCUUUCCAAGCCAAGCCGCUUUCGAAAAUUGAACUGGUUCGGAUUCUUACCGAGUAUGGACUCAGCAUCAGUCAUGCUUAG